UAACGAAUGUCUCAUAAAAAAAAAUAGUUUGUUACAACUACAUAGCUUUAAGACAUGUAAAAUUGAGUAGCAAGGAGGCGAUAACACCCUUCUUUCUUCCUUAUAUAUAUACAGAGAACCUCCUGCCUUUGUUUCCGCAAUAUACAUACAUCUCUCUUUCUCUCCCGAAAUAUAAACAAACACACAAACCUGGUAAUGAAGAAACCAAUACAAAACCUAUAAACGCAGCGUUUUAUCAAAACACGACAGGAUCAAUCGACCAUGGCUUCUACUUCUUCUGCUUCGAGACCCAAUCUUAAAUCUCUAUCAUUCUCCUCUUCGUCAACACUCAGGGACAAGAAACCAACCCCUUGCUCUGUUUCUUACCCCGUCAACAAAACAUUUCCCAUCUCGUCGUCUCUCCAACCUCCGGCUACGUAUAAACCGACUUCUUGGAAGAAACUAUGUAAAGACGUCGCAUCCUUAAUCCCUAAGACGAAGAACCAAGCACAGAGAACCGCCGCUGCGAUUUUAAACGCGGUGGAGAACGCCAUGGUCUCCUACGAGCGCCGCCAUCAUCCGCUCCCUAAAACGGCUGACCCCGCCGUACAAAUAGCCGGAAACUUCUUCCCGGUCCCGGAGCAACCAGUCAUACAUAACCUCCCGGUGACCGGAACAGUGCCAGUGUGUAUUCAAGGAGUUUACGUCAGAAACGGAGCCAACCCGCUUCACAAACCAAUCUCCGGCCACCAUUUAUUCGAUGGAGACGGUAUGGUACACGCUGUCCGGUUCAAUAACGGUUCGGUUAGCUAUUCAUGCCGGUUUAUCGAAACAAACCGGUUUGUUCAAGAGCGAGAACUCGGUCGAUCUAUCUUCCCCAAAGCAAUUGGAGAUCUUCACGGACCCUUGGGUAUCGCCAAGCUCAUGCUCUUCAACGCCCGAGGGCUACUCGGGUUAAUCGACACGACCCGCGGACUCGGUGUGGCUAACACCGGUUUAAUCUAUUUCAACGGUUAUCUCUUAGCCAUGUCCGAAGACGAUUUACCAUACCAUGUAAUAAUCACCCAAACCGGAGAUUUAAAAACUUCGGGUCGGUACGAUUUCAACGGUCAGCUCAAAGCCGCAAUGGUCGCCCACCCGAAACUCGACCCGGAAACCGGAGAACUAUUCGCUCUCAGCUACGACGUCGUAUCAAAGCCUUUCUUAAAAUACUUCAGGUUCACAUCCAACGGUGAGAAAUCUCCAGACGUCGAGAUUCCACUUGAUGAACCGACGAUGAUCCACGACUUCGCGAUCACUGAGAACUUCGUGGUGAUACCAGACCAACAAGUGGUGUUCAGAUUAACCGAGAUGGUCAGAGGUGGCUCUCCUGUGGUUUACGACAAGGAGAAGAGAUCAAGAUUUGGUGUUUUGAACAAAUACGAUAAAGAUGCCUCGUUGAUUCGAUGGAUCGAAGUGCCUGAUUGCUUCUGUUUCCAUCUCUGGAACGCUUGGGAGGAGCCAGACACAGACGAGGUUGUCGUGGUAGGGUCAUGCAUGACGCCACCUGACUCAGUUUUCAAAGAACACGACGAAACACUUCAGAGUGUUUUGUCGGAGAUAAGACUAAACCUGAAAACAGGGGAAUCUACACGUCGACCGGUUAUUAUCUCCGAAAAAUUAAAUCUUGAAGCUGGUAUGGUAAACCGGAAUCUUUUAGGUAGAAAAACCCGGUUUGCUUACCUUGCUAUAACCGAACCGUGGCCUAAAGUGUCCGGUUUUGCUAAAGUGGACUUAUCGACCGGAGAUGUUCAAAAAUAUGUUUACGGAGAUGGGAAAUACGGAGGAGAGCCUCUGUUUCUGCCAGAGGUUUCUGGUUAUGGAGAAGACUGUGGUUACAUUAUGGUGUUUGUUCACGACGAGGAGAAAGUGAAAUCGGAGCUACAGAUCAUUAACGCCGUGAGUAUGAAGCUUGAAGCUACGGUUACGCUUCCUUCGAGAGUGCCUUACGGUUUCCACGGAACGUUCAUGAGUAAUGAUGAUUUAUGUAGAAGAUGGAUUCGACCAUCCCACAGGGCCCGAGGAAUAGGAAGGCCUGGCCUUAGUUAGGAAGAGCGACGGCUCGAUCUGUUGGCUCGAGAGUCAGGUCUCUCGGCUUGACUCUUGAGUACUUCUAGCUGACCAUCGUCGACUGAAGAGCGUUCGGCUCAGCGUUUGCUCGAACACCUACGGGCCUCUCGGCCCAGCAAAGGAGGCCCACCAAGAUGGCGUAAAAUUAGGUCAAGAGCGAGGCAUCGGGACGUCUAUAUAAGGGAAAGAAGAGACAACGAGAAGAGGAUCCGAAAUCACUGACCAACACUUGACGGCUAAAUUAGGGUUUUCACCUUUACUUCG